GUCGGUGCCGUGUGCUCGCUAGAGCCAGUGGUUUCACGUUUGUCUCUUGGAGGUGUGUCGUACGGGGAUAGUUCCAUGCUGUCGAUGUGAUGGUGGUGAUGGCUGGAACAUUGCUGGCGUGUUCGUAAUGGCGGCGGUGUUUGUGUGUUUGAUGUUUUUACAGAUCUCGGUCAUUUGAUCAGGAGUAGGAUAUGGACAUUGAACACCGCUUAGGAUAAUGUCGGGAUAUGGACAUUGAACACCGCUUAGGAUAAUGUCGGGAUAUGGUAUUGAAAAUAAUUGUAGUGAAAGCUCACUAACAAGAAAGAGACAGAGAGAGAGCUGACGACUUACAUUAGGUUAUAAGACACAAGGCAUGACCACAUGAAAUACUCUAGUGAUGUUUGAGCAGGGACGGCUUGUCUCAAUCGUUCUACAGCCAGGUGUGGACCUAUUCAAAGCUACGGACACUUAUCACAGUGUAUCUCUCUCUCCGACAUCUUUUUAUCUGCCACAUUCACUCUUCCUUUCGUACUGCGCUGCCCACUUAACCACAGGUGACAUGUCCAGUAUGAUGCAAUGAUCCACGGGAAGAAUCUCCCAAAAUGGAUUCCUCAUUAUGCCGCAAUGAAACCUUCUACCUAUUUCCAGUACAGACAACAUCAGACCAGCAACUGCUACCAACUCUUUCAUCAGUGCUCUUCCUGGAAAACAUCACAAACUACUAGUCGUUGCGAUUUCCCGCAGGAGGUGUCAGUUACUCCUAUAAUCUCAAGGAAUCCUUUAAGCAUCUUGUGCAUCGAUUUUCGCCACCAUCAAGGUCCAUCUACAACAAGGCACAAUCCUAUUCCGCUCGCUGCCUCCGCUUGUCUACGUGGAGAACUCGCUGCCUUCCUUCACACGUUGUGCUGGCUUUACCUCUCAGCUUCCGCCCAGUACUGCUCAUUUCUCUCUUUCUUUUGUGUAGCCGUUAUCUACUGGGCAAGCGUUCUUCUUGUGCAGCUUUCGAUAUUCGUUCAGCUCGCUAUGGGAAACGAGGGCAGUGCCCCAUCGUCAGAAGAAAGCACACCCAUCUCAGACUACCCGUCCAUGUACUCCAUCAAUUCUCGUUUGAGAUCCUCUGUGGAAAGUACCAGAGCACCGUCUCCCAUGGAGGCUCCGGAACCAGACCUGAGCCACCUGACUCCAGAGGAGAUAGCACAGAUUCGGAGCGUCAUGGAGCGAGCCAAGAAUCUGCAACAAGAGGAAUCAACAAGAGCAAGGAAACUAGAAGAAGACUACGUUCAGAUAGCUACCAAGAUGGAGAGAGAGGCUUCACUAUCAGAGAUGACUGAAUCUGGGUCACAACUGUGUCCCGUGUGCAACAAGAACCACUUACCCAUGAACCGUGACGGAACUGGGUCCAGUAUGACGGUCUGUGUACAGUGUGAGCAACGGACAUGUCGCAAUUGUGGGGCUUUUAAGACCGCGCACCCCAGCAAGAUUCAAGAGUGGGUGUGUGUGGUCUGUGACAAGAGACGCCGACUUAUGACCACUACAGGAUUGUGGUACCACGGCUAUCACCCUGAGACACAGCUUCCCUUAGAGAAACAAAUUGUUGGGUCAUCGGGAGGAUUGUCGCACUUAGAGAGGCCUGAUAAUCUAACGUCCAGUCUGGAGACAUCUUUGGUUUCCAACGCCUCAUACGCUUCCAGCAAAGACAGCAAAGACAGUCGGGACAGCAAAGACAGUCGAGACAGCAGAGAUAGUAGGGACUCGAGGGACGAAAGUGACCAAACGUAUGACAGCCGAGAUGGAUCAAGGUGCGGCGGGGACAGUGGCCUAAGUUUAGACCUGAGUAGCCUCUCCCUGGCCUCAAGUCAAAACUCGGAGUUCGCCAGACAGGUGUACGAACAGAAUCGAAUGAAAGGGAUCUUGAUGUACAUGAUGGGACCUUGUGGACCUGGAGCCAAUUUACCGAAAAGCGAAUCGGACGAGUUCUCCGACUUAACCUCUGAUUUAGACUUUGACGAACUGGCCUCAGAGCGCAGUCGUCCAGACGGAGGCUCCAGUACAGACGACGGCUAUAGAGACGGCUCCAGUGUAAGUAAACGCAAAGAACACAAAAAACAAAAACACAGGCCGAAAUCACUGACCCUGUCACGCUCUCAUAGCCACACCUCAUCCGACGAGGAAGACGGAGCCAGCUCCGGAGGAAGUGACAAGAACUCAGAUCCGCCUGAGUCUCAGCGAGAGGCGGGGUCUGAGAAACUUGCUUUGGGCACUCUCUUACUCACUGAUCGCAGUGAUAAAAAACAAAAUGGAGGUCUUGUCACGGAAGGCUACUCGGGAAAGGAGUCCAACUUUUCCGUAUUGCACGAUAGCCCGACGCCGCCUAAAUCUCCUAGCUGGAGGGAAGGCUUAGACAGCCCACCGUUCUCUCCUCGUCGUCGAGACUCCUAUCCCGGCAAACGUCGAGGCUCUUUGUCUCCGAAGGAGAAAAAAACUCAUUUCACAUACACGGAUAUUUCUCCACCAUCAAGACAGCUGUCAUUAGAUGAGCUCUAUGGAGACUCGUCUGCAACUAGUUCCUUCCUUGACAACGGCAUUGCUGGAUCGCAAGUACCUCAGAAGCCGUCUCCUAUUUCGCCCGAGGAAAUAAAUGAUUCCCUUUUGACCCAUAUGGGUGAAACUGUUUCGUUUGAUAUUCCGUCGAGCCGAGCGAAGCCUCCCACCAGCAUUGGCGCUCAGCUCCACCAUAAUAACUUUCAGAUGGCCUUCUCCAUGCCACACUCGGCGCCUGUGAUGGACUUGGCCACCUACGCCGCCACCAUUGCUAACAGCACGGCCAGCUUGACCUCCAUGAGCGUGUCCCCCACCAAUCUGCUACCUCACACCACUCCACCUCAACUCCAGAUGGCUGAGCCCAUGAGUCCGGACAGUGCGGACUCCAGCUGCUCUUCCCCGGUGUCUCCUGGUUACUAUGACAACACUCAGCCCACCAACGAGGACAUUGAGGAGGUUGAGCUGGCAGACCCUUCCUCCAAAUCUAUUGACUUCCAAGGCACGAAGAGGCAGAAAGCGAGACCCCCUUCCACGGACUGGUCACCCGUAAUUGACUUAUCGCCAAUACUAGAUGUGUCCCCUUCUGUGGAAGAAGCCGAACAGGAAGACAUGCUUGCUAAACAGAUGGAAGAAUUAGAGCGACAAAGGUCACUCAAUGCUGCUGAGGAAGAUUAUGAUGAAGAAGUAGGAACAAGUUGUGAUCAAUCUUACUUUGCCAAUCAAGACCUUACUUCCCCUGUAAGACCUACACAGUCUCAAGCAGUAAUUCCACGCAUCCCUCCCCCUCCAUCUGCUAAGAAACUCAAGCAACAGUUGAACGAGGAAUAUGACGAUGAAGAGGACAGUCAUAAAGACGAUGGAUCGUUCCCCUUCGGUAGCACUUUAAGGCGAUGCGGGAAUUUUGAGGAUAUCAGCAGACUAGGAAGUGACAGUUCCCUGAUAAAAAACACCUCUGAUUUAACAGCAGACGAUCGCUUGGUAGACGACAUUGACCUUCACGAUAUCGAUGCGGGAUUUCCUGAUGCGCCCUUCUUCUCGUGCACUAGCCAAGCUUCCAGCAUUCCACACUCCGCGCCUUGCCUCAGUUCAACCGUAUCCACGUUUCAAGCUCCGGCCCGGCAAUUUGGUCAGACGGAAGAACAAGGAACGAAACAGCUCCGUGCGUUUGAGUCCAUGAUUUCAGACGAGAUUCAUAAGAUUACAGAAGAUAUGGAGAACAUUGUCAAGCGUGGUGCGGCAAACAUGAAGCCGAUACCACCGCCGAAACCAAAACGACGAUUACCUGACCCGGAGUAUGGCAACGGGAUACCGCCCCCAUCUUACUUCUCCGAUUACACAGAUCAAAAAUCCAUUCCUAGCAUUAAAACUGAGGCACCAAGCGAUUCCGGGAGCCAGGACGGAUCUUUUGAGGAGGGCUCAUCCAGCAGACAUCUGCCCAGGCAAGAUUCGGGAGAAAAAAAGAAAGCAAAAGAUUUAAAGGCCAAGCCGAGCCCCAUCCUGAUACAGCACAUUGAAGCUGAGGAGCAGUCAGUGUCCCCGCAUUAUAAAGUCAUGGAGUCGCCGCCCACGCCCGAGACCAAAACAAUCAAACGAGAAUUUUCUGACAGUACUUCUGUAUCUCCAAGUUCCUCUCCGGACCAGGACGUGUACGCCUUUCCAUCACCAGUUACCCCUCCUGACUCGGAUUCCUCUCCUCCCAAGCCUCAUUCACCAUCCUCCCCUGGCACAGAUUUAGACGAGGACAUUGAGGCUGCUCGUAGGAUUUACGGCUACAGAAGUACAAGCCCCUACGACAACGCCAAGCCCACGUUCACCUCUGGACCUGUGCAUACAGCUUAUACCUCAACAAACACAGUCGUGUCCAGCCCGCCCACUUGUGCUGGAUACGACAUGGCCCCAGGCUCGUGCGAAGAUAAUUAUGCAAUCCCAGCAAGUACCAGGCAAGAGAACCAGAUCCGACCACCCAUUUCCCCAAGGAAAAGCAUCAGAAAGUUGGACGAUCAGACAGUGAAUGGGAAGGCUAGCCCUGUUUACGAAUACGUCAAGGAUGUCAGCACUCAGGAUUACUCUGAAGAACUGGAUCUUGAACACAUCUCUUCCUUGAAUGAAUACAAAAUCAGAUCCUUAGGGCUAGGGUUAACUAAACAGAAAGGCCUAAAUGACUAUGAUAUCGCUCCUUCCAAGUUUCCCUCUCUGACGCUGGGCCAGCACACCGAAAUAUUUACUUACCCUGUUGUUGGGGAAUUUCCUGGACGGGGCAGGAGUAGUUCAGCUCCCUUUACGUCUGCUAACGAAGAGUCUGUUCAAUCGGAGGCUCCCUCAGCUCGUCCCCGGUCUGCCUCUACCGACCAAGAAUCUGCGGCCUCGACGAGUGUAAGGGAUAAGAUCCGAGCUUUUGAAGAGCCUCCCGUCCCGAGAAAAAGGAUCAACAGUAAGCCAAAGGUAGUGCCCCCUCCUCCAGAACCUCGAAAAGAUGUCAUGAAAGAUAAACGUGCCGACAGCGAGAGUAGCACCAGCAGCAGUGGGAGUAGUGGCAAGACAUGGAACAGCAAAUCUUCCGGCGAGCAGAGCAAACCACAAGAGAAGGACGCCGCCAAGGACGGCAAAAAGAUCAGGAGAAAGCUGCCCCCCAUCCCUGUUGGGAAAGAUCCCGUGGUGACCCCAAAGUCCAAGAAUAGGCGGCAAAAGACGCCAGUCAAACGUAGUGAGGGUGUUGAUCAGGAGGACCAAACCGUGGUGGCGACACCUAGAGUAACGGUUCAUGGGGGUGAGAGUGGCUAUAGCGUAGGUCAGCGUGUUAACAGAGACAGAGAUGACCCAAUGAACGACGACGACUUGGAAGUCGCCCGGUUAACCACCAAGAAAGAAAAUGUCGUAUCGCCCAAAAAGAAGACCAUUCUAGCUGACACCGGGAAAUCCAAAAGUCUGGAUUCUUCAGAAUAUUCCAGACCUCGUCGUGAUCUCAACGAAGGGCAGAGAAUGAAGCCGCCGAUGCAAAGAACAGCUUCCUUGGGACAAGGGCCAAAAGACGAAACAGAUGAGAUUAUAGACGCACUGAUUGACAUAUACGGCAUCCCUUGUACGGAAGCAAUGAAAUGUCUGAAAAAGCGACUACAAGAGGAACUUCGUCGGGUGACAAAAGACAGAAAACGUAAACUUGAAGAGCUAGAAGAGAUCAGAGCCUUACAGAUGCAAAUUGGCGCACUUAAGAUGGAGUCCGACGCCCGAAGUCGAGUUUUCGCAGGGAAACGUUCUCCAGGGCUACAGUAUCAAACUGACUCUCAACCAGACAGUCGCAAACGUGGGGCGUCUCUUUCACAGACCACUUCGUCCUUGACUCCAAGAUCAUCACCGCAAGUGACUCCGAGACGUCAGCGACACAAACGCCAGUCGUCAGACCCCAUGAUUUCUAAAUUUUCGCCCAUUAAAGAAGAUAAAGAUAUUGAAUCCGAUUUCCAAAACAGGUCUCUCGAGCCUUUGGAUGGCCGCUCUUUGAAAUAUCAAACAGACGACAGUUCACAGUCAGGUAUCAGUGACGCUGAAAGCACACGCUCAGAACCUGUCAGAGACGCUCGGUACAGUAAAAUCAAACCCUCGGAUUACUCUAGAAUAUUGUAUAGCCAGAAAAACGCAGUUGGUGGAUCCACUGAUCGAUUGCAGUAUUCUGAUUACGAUUCUAGCAUAUACGAUCGUGGUAUUCAGCCUUUAUCAGGAAGUAGGUCCGAGCAGCAGCUCUCUACCAGCAAUAGGUCGGCCUUGUAUUACUCUGAUGACGAGGAAUCCAAGUACCGUGAAGAAAAGAAACUCUUGCUACAAUAUGAGAUCAUGAAACGAAAACAGCAGUUAGAAGAGACAGCGAGGUUGAAGUCUGAGCUUCUAAAGUUGGCGCGAGCACGUCAAACCAUGGCCAGUAGUUAUGAUGACAUUCCGAGGCAUUACGUUGGGUCCGUAGCACCACAGAGGCCUGUUCCUAGGGGAAUAAUCAAGCCUAUUGAAGACGAAGCCUAUGUGUUGUAUGAUGUGCUCGAUGAGUCGAGAUCCAGGGAACGUUCCCAGCAGAAGUCAAGGGAGCAUUCUCAGCAGAGAUCGAGGGAACACUCCCAACAGAGAUCACGAGAGCAUUCCAGAGAGAGAUCACGCGAAAGGUCAAGAGAAAGGUGCGAUGACCUUGAGCGAGAUUUGGUCAGAGCUCGAGAUAGCUCUCUGGACAAUAUAUCUAAGCCCGAACAGCGUGGCCGUGAACCACGUACACGUCAUCACAGUGGCGGUCAACAACAUUCAACGCAGGAUCCCAAGGUUGUGAACAACUACAGUUCCACUGAGUACCUGGUCCACAAACAGGAGUCGGCUACCAGAAGGUACAUGGAUGAAGCCAUCCAGUAUGGAUCUCAAGGCUGGAUUGCUGGAGAUUAUCCAAGUGAGACACUGGCUCCUGUUCAAGCUUUUUCUCAACCAGUGCUCAAUAAACGACUGGACACUGUUCAGGCUGUAUCUCGACGUGAAGAGCCUGGCAUUGUGUCUAGUGUUACAUUACCCAACAUUUAUGCCAAGCGAAUGGACAGAGAGUUCAGGCCAGUAGGACCCUAUAGAGAUCCGAAUUACAUCAGCACAAGUAUAUCUGAUACAGAUGGAAGUCCAGCCAGUGAUAUCACACCAGCCAUGCCUUUACUGGAUGACGUCAAAACUAAAUCCAGAACCAUCAUCCGGAAUAUUGGAAGUGGUAGUCGGCCUGUGUCUGCAGAGUUCAGUGCUGGAGAUCUAGAAGAUUUGCUCAAUGGCAUGUACAGAGUGGAGAGUGACAAUAGUGUUGAUGCUGAUGAGCCCAUUAUGAAACAUAUGACUGAAGGGGGUGUAACCAUCCUCAAACAAAUGGACAGAAAGAAAAGGCCUGCUCCUGUGGAACCUCAUCGAUAUGAUUUUCCUAUCAAAAGAAUUUUGGUUACCCGAGAUGCUAAAGACAAAUCUAUAACAGGCAGUGGGCUUGGCAUGAAAAUAGUAGGAGGUAAAGAAAUACCUGGCACAAAUGAUAUUGGUGCAUAUGUCACUGCCAUCUAUCCAAUCAUUGCUGAUCAACUUCAUGGCGAGCUUGACGUUGGAGACCAAGUGCUAGAAUGGAAUGGAAUUCAUCUGACUGGACUGUCUGCUGAUGAAGUGCAAGAUAUUAUCUCCCAGACCAAUGGAGAAAUAGAAAUGGUUGUCAGGGCUCAAAUGAUUCCACUAUUGAUGACAGAGUUAACAGCACAACCAGAGAGCUGCAGAUCAUCCUAUGAUAACUUAGCUCUGCCAUCCUAUGAGGAAUCAGUGAAGGAGCCCUACCUACUGAGACAAAUGACCGGGUCAGCACAGGUGAACAACAGGCAGGGUGUGGACCCUCGUCAACUUGCUGCUCAACUGGAGGGGAUACGGGAGGCUGUCUCGCCUGCUGAAAAUUCCCCCAGCUCCUCUCAUCAGGAUGUAGCCACACCUUCGAUUUCAUCCCCCUGUAGUACUCCUAGAUCUGACCCCACUAGCACAUCAUCUGAUAGACAGCAGCCACCGUCCUCCAGAAGUGCCGAUAGACCAGAGAAAGUUGUAGAUAGACACACCACAGAUCGACCGACAAGUAGACAGAGACGAAAACAUUCACCUAAUCCUGGGAAAUCCACUCAGCAGCAAGGCUCUCCCCAAAAGCAACAGAUGUCCACAUCUCAUCCUCUGCAAACCUCCCCUCCACCUCCUUACACUCCAAGGCAGCAAGCCAGCUCACAACAAAACAAUGCAAGCUCUGAUGCAGCGCAGGCUGAACAAGUGCCAGUCAACAGGAGAAAAAAAGACUCGAACCCUAUGACCAGCAGUGCUCAAGAGAAAUCCAGAUCAAGUGCUUUUGACCAACCAGAUAGUAGCUCCUGCUCAAGUCCUGCACUCAAUGAUCGACUGCGAGCAUCCCCUCCAUUAGACACUCGUCGCUCAAUCAAAGCCCGACCUUCCAAAAAAGGGAAAGAUAAUUUUGUUUUUCCCACAAAAAUAUUACAAGAGCCUGAACGUGGGGAAGACUAUGGCCUAGGAGAAAUACAGCUUCAGAUUAGCCAUGAUGAUUUUGACAACACACUGAAUGUACAUGUGAUACAGGCUCGAAAUUUACGUCCACGUGAUCUAAAUGGUCUAUCAGACCCUUUUGUCAAGCUAUACCUUUUACCCGGCAGAGGGCCUGAAAACAAACGACGUACAAAACAUAUAGCCAGGACAUUAAACCCAGAGUGGCAUCAAACUGUGAUGUUCCAAGAUGUUGCCAGACUGGAACUGCAGAAUAAAGUUUUAGAAAUAACUGUUUGGGACUAUGAUAGAUUUAAAGCAAAUGACUUCUUGGGAGAGCUUAUUAUAGAACUACGAGAAUUUGCUUUUCUUGAUAACAAACCCCACUGGUAUCCACUGAAAGAACAUGUGACAAUGCAAAGCUUUGAAUUGCCUAAGUCUACUGUUGCACCUCCAAAGCCUGCAGAAAUUACCAAAACACAGACAAGGUCACCUCGACAGGGAAAGAAACAUGGCAUCUCCUCUCUGCGCCCACAAGAAGCUUUACAUACUGAUGCUGAGGCCCAAAGAAGAAGGUCAUUAGGAACUAUUUCUGGAAACACAGGCGUGUCUCUAAAGGGCACCCCAGAUGUUGCAGUCAGGCAUUUCAUCUCAUCUUUCCUGUCUUGCUUUCACUUCGUUCACCCAGAAAAGAUGCUAAUGAAACCUCGGCUUCCCGCGAGAUAUCAUCUGCCACAAAUUCCCCCAUACCUCCCAGGAGACCUCGAGGGACAAAAUCUCCUAUCAAGACUCGAUCAAAUGGACUUCUCUACAGAUGAUGAAGAUGACCUUGAUUACCUUGUAAGGCAUUAUAAUCAAUAGUUUACACUAGCCUCCACUUGUUAAAUUUUAAUACAAAUAAAAAAAUUAAACCUGCUUAAAUUAGUUCUUUAAAAUUAAACUUCAAUUUUUAUUUUCUUUCUUAAUAAUAUGCAAGUGUGAAACAAUCAAAGCAAGAUUUUUGUGGAUGUACAUCAUUUUUUGUUUCAUUAUUGAAAUUCUAAUAGGCAAUUUGAUUUGAGGGACAAAAUUAGAGUAAAGUGCCCCUUUCAGACCUUGUGAUCAUUAUUAAAGGUCACCUGUUUCUAUAACAAAGGUGUCAUGUGACCAGCACAAUGACCAACCACCUUAACUUUUCCCCAACUAAUGUCAGGUUGACAUUAAUGUUGGGUGGACUCAGGGGCGUCCUAAAAAUCCUGAAAUUCAAAAUCCCUGUCUUGACUUAGACUUGAACCCGGGAUAGCUCAGUUUGGAAGCCAAGAGAUGUACCAUUCAGUCACUAGGACCCUAAAAUUAUUAUUACAAAUUACUGGUAUAUGUUUACAAAUUAUAUUUCUGGUGAAUUUUAUCUACCUUUUUUGACAAUGCAAUAAAAAGCUUUGACCCAACAUUUUCUGUCUAGGUAAUUUGACAUUUCUCCAAUAAAGUAAAAUGUACAAUCUUUGAAUGUUUAGGCCCAAUAUUUUAAUAUAAUCAAAAUGAUUACAAUAAAUGAUACCAUUAAGUUAAAGAAAAGUUAAAGAAUCUAAUGAAUUAUUUUAGAUUCUUAACAGAUAUAAAAUGAAACAAGACUCAUAAAAGGAUGGACUACUGUAUACAUUUAUAUUACUAUAGGUGUACUAAAUGUUAUAUUUGUUUAAAGAUUGAUAUUUGCAAUGCAUGAAUGACUCAUCCAGGGACAGACAAAAUGUGAAUUUUAAAAAAUUUGGAUUGAUGCACUUUGGAUCGACUGAGAGAAUGUAGCAAAUGUUCCAUGUUAGAGCUUAUUAUGUAUUUUGAGAUCUUUGCUGUAAAAAUUUUUUUUGACAAUUAUAUGUAAAUUAUUAUUAACUUUAUAAUUGUUGGUUAUACAUAUAUGUAUUAUUUUUGGUGAGUAAUUCACUUCAUUUUGCAUAACUUGUAAAAUAUCCUGUGUGUUAGUCGGAAAAUUCUUUCUAGUAUUUAAGUAUUGUGCUCAACUCUUACGCAUUUUGAAUGUAAAAAAAACUAAAAAAGAAACUACAAAGAUGUUUUAAAUAUGUAGGUCAAUUUGUUUGUGUUUGUACAUAAAGGUUUCAUCAACUAUACACACAGUAAUAUGAUAUAUUUAUCGUAAUCAGUAAAUGUGAUAUAGAAGUGAUAUUUUAUGUUAUGCUACUACUGAGACAAUAUUAGAACUCAAUGUUAGAAAUAUCUAAAUAAUUGAAUUGUCUCUGUCUAAAAACUAUAGAGAGAUAGUGUAAGCCAGAUAGUUAUUGAAAUAUUUAAUUAUAAGUGACAUGCAGUUGAUAACACAAAACAGAAAUUUAAAAAUACAUUAUUUAGACAUAUUUAAAAAUAUUUUGUUAGAUAUAAAAUAAUUACUUCUAAUUCAAACUGAGUUCCACAAUUUUUGGCUGGCUGGCCAGUGGUAUCAUGUACAGUUUGGAUUGCAUUUUAAUCGUGGGAUUGGAAUUUUGUUUACCGGUAUUUGCACUAUCAAUGUCUUCCCCAACCAUCCCCCAGGAAUUCUGACACUAAAAUGUUUAUUGAAAAAAAAAUCUAAAUUUACUUAUAAAAAAAAAGAAACCACUGAUUUAAAUAAUGGCAGUUUAGUUGAAGUUUUACUUGUUUCUUCACUUUUGGAAGCUUGAGGCAAUGACUCAUCAGCCUUUUAAAAUUAUUUUUUUUUCGCUGAAGUUACAUGUUUAUUUUGUAUUCUCAUGAAUUGCUAUCCAUAUCCAUCAAGGGUGUAUAUGUACCACAAAGUAGUUCUUCAUUACAAGUUACUGCUUUCUUCCAUAACAGCUAUAGCAACAGUAAGUUUAGUUUUUCCCCAUUACGUUCAAUUUUGUAUCCAAUGUACAAGAAGCUCAAAGGUUUCUUUAAAAUAUAUAUAUAUAUAUAUAUAUAAACCAUUCCAUCUUUCCUGUUUGUUUUGGUUUGGUUGUGAUCUUUUUAUUAGUCAUAUACAAAGCAUAUUGUGUAUUAUUCAUUCAUUAGUGUGUUUAUGUAUUUAUUUGCUGUGAUCAUCAGGUGAAAGAUGUGAUUGUUAAAACAGGGACAGAUAAAUGUACAUACAAGAAAAAAAACAUUUAGCGAUAGUUAAUGUUUGUCUAGGUAGUGUACACUGUACAUGGGAAUUGUACAAUGGUGUUGUUGUUUUUAUAUGUAGCACUGGAGAUAUAGAUGAGUUGAUAAUAUUUUUCUUAAGUGUAAUGAUUGGGUUUGAUUUGUAAUUAUUAAUAUAAGACUGUUCUCACAGUGGUUUUAAGUUUGAACUCUGCUCCCAUGCAGCAGAGGCUUUAGGCUUGGACUUAACCUUAAGCUUCAUUUCUAACAUUUCUGUAAUUUAGUGUCACUUAGUUUAUAGUAGGGUUGCACCAAAUGGUAGUUUUUUUAUAUUUGGCCGGAGCCAAAUAGUAAAAAUAUGAUAUCCGACCAGAGCCGGAUACCUACAUGUCUUGUAAUUAAUUUUGCAAAACUUGUAAAUAACAUACCUAUAUUCAUAUUAAGUUUUUUUUUUACUUUUAUAUUUGUUUUAACAAUCACAGUACUGAUUAAUGAGUUUAAAAACAUUUAUUAACAGAUUGACCAUCACAAGCUAAUCUGUGUAACAUAUGAGGGUCAUGUGUAUCUAUGAGGCCAUCAACUGUAAAAGGGAUGUGUGGAUGGUCAAUGUACAUAUAUGUAAAUGUAUAUUUAACUAAUGUAAAUCUCUCAAAGGUAAAGUGCAGUCUGGGUUGUAUAGUGGGUAGAUGUAUGUGUUCAUGGGUUCCACGACAAUUCGUUCACUGACAUUUCGUUCACGACUUUUCCUUCACCCGACUUUUCGUUCUGACAAUUCGUUCACCCGACAUAUUGCUCACCGACAAAUUGCUCACAAACAAUUUGUUCACGACAACUUGUUUUGAACGAUUUGUCGUGAACAAGUUGUCUGUGAACGAUAUGUCAGGUGAACGAAUUGUUGAGAGAAUCAAGUUGUUGCGUGAACGAAAAAGUCGUGUCCCUGUGUUCAUGUAUUUCAGACCAUUAAAGGGAAACUCUGACGGUUUUUCAAAUUUGAGUUAUUGACAUAUUUAAAUUCUGCGUAAAAAGUUGUAAUAGUAAACAUUUUACCAUUUUUUAUUUAAAUGCUUAGAAACAUUAAUAUUUAAUAAAUUAGUCAGUAAAUUCUUGACAUCUAAAAAAAAACGGGGUUCUAUGAGAUUUUGUUUUUUUAAGCUAGUUCAUACGUCACUUCCCUCAACAAUACUGAAAGAGAAACUAGAUUUAACCAAUCGUAUCGCUUCAUUCUUACAGUAGCUGUUAGGCUUAGUGACGGCCUAGUCCAGAGCUAUGAUACAGUCCCUAUAAAUGUAUAGAUAGAUCUAAAAGUAUUAGGAUAAUCAACUCGAGAAAAAGUGUAACAUUUUCAUCUAAGCCUCUCUCUGUCCCAAGAAGUAAAUAGAUUGUGUGUCUGACCGGUCACGGUCUGACUGAUUCGAACAAACUGGUCAGUGUAAGGCUAGUUGAGACUACGUGUAGUCGGUCAUGACAAGACAACCAAGCGAUAGUGUUUGUUGUGUGUUGAGUGGUCUGGCGAGAAAAUACACACUGCCGUGGUUAGUCAAGCAUGUAAAUCUACUUUUAAUACGCAUUUUUUUUUUUUUUUUUGCUUACAAGAUCCUAGAUCUAACUGCAUAGACCAAGAUAUAUUUCUUUUACGAGAAUGUAAACUUUGCUGUAUGGUCUCCUGUUAUACAAUAAGUCAAUAGAUUAUAACACAUUUGUGACGUCACAUAGAAACCCGGUGAAAGUCUGACUGUUUUGGAUGCGCAGGAAAAUUACAUCGGAAAAACAUCAAUUACUAAGUUAUUAUUGCAAAGAAAAAAAAAAGAAUCAUAUAUUCAUUAUCUGUAAAUCAAAACACAUAUUAAAUUAAAAAAUUGUCAAAACCAUCGGAGUUUCCCUUUAACCAUUAAUAUUUUAUUAACAGUAGGAACAUCCUGUACGGUACAUCUAUUUCUGGCUUCAACCUUUGAUGGUACCAAAGCAUGUCUGAUUUUAACAACCUGGUCAAGCUACACAUGUCGUGACAUGUAAGCCUAGUGUAAUGUGUAUAGUUGAUGAUGGUGAUGACCAUCAAAUGUUUUUUCCUUAGGGAUAUGCAAUAGUGUUUGUUGUACAUUGAGUGGUCUGGCAAUAAAAGAACACAUUGUCAUGGUUAGUCAAGCAUGUAGACCUAUUCUAUCCUUACACGUUACAGAGGUUUCUUAACACUUCUGCCAAUUUUUUUUCUUUGGUUACUAGAUGUAAAUGUUUGACUCAAUCUUUUAUGAGAUUUUAAACUUUACUGUAAGGUUUUCUGUUAUAUAAUAAGUCAAUAGAAUUAAAAAAUGAAAGUAGCCUUUUCUUUUUAAAUGUUUUAAUUCAAGGCAAAACUAUACACACAACUUUUUUUUUAUUGUGCAAGAACAUAUGUAAGAAACCUCAUCCUUAUUUCCGGUACUGAUUUUAUUUUUGGAGAAAAACUUCUGCAAUAAUAAAAGAAUUAUAUCGAACCGUAGGCCUACAGUCAGAUAGAUUAGCUAGGUCUAGUUCAAACAAUACAAAAUUAAGAAAGUUCUCAAACUUUAAUUAGUUUUUUUUUCAAGUGGUGAUUAUAUAACUUUAUUUUCAAAGUACUUAGUUAUAUUUUAAUUUCUAAAAUUUGAUUCAGUUAGCAUCACUAAUAAAAUAUUGUUAUAUAUAGUCCUAGUUUGUGAAACAGUAGUAGGGGUUGUGCAUUGUGUACUCCAGCGCCCCUAAUUGAGAUAUAUCUCCUUUUACUUAUAAGAUGUGACUCUAGACAGUGUCAUCAUGUUGUCUUAAUGUGGUCACCUGUGCUGCUAUGUAUAAAGUCAAUGUGACGAACUAAAAAAAAAAAAAAGGGGGGGGGAAAUACAACAGUGUACUUUUUACUGGUCAACAGUGAUAUUUGGCUGGUGCCCAAAAUGGUUGAAUAUUUGGCCAGAGCUACUAUUCGGUGCAACCUUAGUUUUGUGUUAUUUUUGAACCAAUGAACUCUAGAAAAAUUUACAUACCGGUAUAGGCCUAUUUUACAAAAGUUUCCUACUUUAAGCAUUUUGGUUUCAAACUUUAUUUUCACUUCUGGUAUAAUACAGAUAAUGUUCUCACUUGUAGUACCGGGUACUGUUCUUUUAAUAGUAAAUUGAUGUUUCAUUUUGAUAUGCUGUACAUAUAAGCCUGGGAUUCCUAACAUGUAUGCAGCCAUUUUUCUAAUUUUCCGUACACUUUUAAUUUACAAAGAAAUAAUUCUUUUUCUGGUACCAGUACAUCAUACAAAUCAUACAAACGUGGCUAAUUCAAGUGAGUCUUUUUUUUUAAUGAAAUUUUAAUUUUUGUUUGUUUGUUGGACAUAAUUUUCCUAGCUAGUUCAGACCCAAAAAAUUUUUCCAAAUCAAAUGCCAUGUAAAGCACUGGUAUAUCUAUAUAUACACAUACAGUAUAUCGGUAUAUACUUUUAUAGGUGUAUAUAUAUAUAUACAGUGCUUUUUUUGUAAAAUGAAAUAUGUGCAAGUGAUGGCGGUACGUGACGUUUUGGCUCGAGAUCUAAUUUGACGAUAAUUUAAUAAGCACCUAGCUUUUAUAACAAUGUUUAUUUAUUUAACCUUACAAUAAUAUUGUGUGUAUAGUACGUAUUCUAAAACCAUCCAGCGAAUUGUUGUUUUGUUUAUUUCAUGAAUAUAUAAUAAAUCAGGUUCCUGAAUGGUAAUGACAUGCACCUCCCCUUUAAUUAUAUGUGAGUUUUGCUAAGCGCACUAGAUGACAAUCUUCAAUUUCUUUCCAAAAGACAUAAAAAAAAAGAAUUGACAUCAGUUUAAUAUCCCAACAAGCUAAGAUACUUUUACAAAAUAUAGCUUGAGAAAGUGGGUAGGGGUGAUUUAUGUGACACAUCUCCCCUUGACACAGGAAAAGUCUAAUAAAUGAAGACGACCAGCACCGAGCACUAGCAAUCAUCGCCUUCUGACUGGUCAUUACCUGUGAUACCUAACCUGCCCCCUCUCUUCUGUGCACAUUUCACUCCUUGUGCAUACUCUGUCACGGGUAAGACGACUAUCUGUUUCUAGCGCUUCUUUUGACUCCCUAGGUGUGAAUUCAUAAUCCUUAAUCUUUAUUUCCAAGAGCGGCCCAAGGCCUACCCCUCUCUGCCCUACGUCUUUAUAAGCAUGUGUAGUUUGGAACAUUCACUAAUCCUUUGUCCAGCUUGCUGACAGACUGGCAAAACUUUCGCCAUUUCAUCCUAUUAUAUUUCUUACUGAAAACAUGUGGCAGUCUUUAUAAACAAUGAGAAAAGUCCAGUCGAAGCAAGGAAAACACAAAAUGAUAAAUCACAUUGAUUAAUGGACAUUGUUAAAGUUAACAUAAAAUAAAUUUUGUUAUAUAAAAAUAAAUACUCAAAUAACUUAUUACAUAAUGUAUAAAACUACCGGUACUAAUAUUUUACGCUUCAAAAUGUGUUUACAAAUAUAUUUUUCAAUAUAUUAUACCUAUAUAAACAAAGUAUACACCCCCACAAGAAAAAAAAUGUUUUAAUAACUUUGACUAUUUCAUGCAUGCGUACUGUGAAGUAUGGAUGGCUGCUUGGUCUUGUAUAAUGUUAGUGCUUUAACAAUAAUUAAAUAACAAACUUUGAUGUCGGUACCAUAAAUAAUGAAAAAAAAAUAUCUCUUGUUCUGUACAUAAAAAUGUCUAAACACAAACACAUAUACAAAACAUAGAUAUGUAUUUUUCUUUUAAAAGAAAUAAUACAAUUUAUGUAAAUAAUAUGACCAAAACAUUUCGCGCCAAUACGACCUUCGAGCCAAAACGUUCUGCUUCGCAGUGAUGGAUUGCCUAGCUUUUAACUACUAAUAACCGUUAAAAUACAAGAAAAGUAAUUUUUUCCCUGACAUUGAAAAAGGUGCUGGUACGCCCCGUCACAAAAAAAAGAACUGUAUAUAUAUAUAUAAAUUUAGAUCAGCGUUUCUAAAUCUUCUGCAGAACAAAAAAUUACGUUGAUGCCUCUCCUAGGGGGUCUGGGGGGAAGGCUGUAAGCUUCCCAGUGGAGUUCAGAGUGGAGCCUUGACAAUAAGCGUUUUCUGCAUUCUUGCAUACUCAAACCCAAAUCUCCUGAUGUCUACAGUCCACUUUCCAACCUAUGAGGUGAAAUAAAUUAAGGUGAGAGGAAAGUGUCAGUGACAAUCAAGACCCCAUGUAGCAUAAGUAUGUCUUUAUUGGCAUAUUCAUACUAAGAUGAUUUUCAUGUUAAGCAAAACCUCUUGUAAUAUGCCUGUUUUGGUCAGCAGAAGAGGUCAACAGAAUUUCCGUAUCCAUGGUUAAACACUCUGGGGAAAUUUCACCUUUUAAUAUGUACCAAACGAGCAAAAUUGGUCUGGGCAGAUACAUAUUAAAACCUUUUGAAAAAUGCUUUUACUUGAUAAAUAUUCAAACAUAAAUAUAUAGGUCAUAACUACAUUGCAGAUAUAACCAAGUUUUUCUCCUAGGAAAAAAAAAAGAUACCUUUAAGCCACACCAGUAAAAAUGUGGCCCACAAGUGAGAAAAGCUGAUUUAGAUUGAGAGUUUCAUGAAAUAUGCUCACAUUUAUUUAAUGUUAGGCCUAAAUUUAUUUAUUUUAGAAAAAUCUAAGAUUCAGAAAAGGACUAGGAAAAAGUAUUUGGGCUUAAAACUAAUCUCAUUUGUUCCCCUUACACAAGUUUCUUGUGAAUUCUUUAUUUUCCAAUAUAAAGCCUUUCCUUAAAUAACUGCAACAAAUUCAUGCCAAAAUAUUAAAUUUUAGAUCCUGAGGAAUUCCAUUAAAAAAUGACUCUCCUGUAAAAGCCUGUUUUUUUUUUGUGUGCAGAAAAGGGAAGGGGUGGAAGACUAUAAACUAUUACUAUUUCCAUUUUAUUAUUGCUAAUAAUUGCAUUUGACAUGGAGGAGGGCUGGUAAAACAAUCAAGGUCAUAUACUUAUAGUGAGUUUCUGUUAACUUUAUGUAAUUUCUCCACUAAAAUACACCCCUCUAAUUUCACCAGUGGAAGAACCUGGAUUUUAUAAAAUACGUGAUAAAUUUCACAUUUUAGUACUAUAUAUAAUUUAGUUGAUGUAUCUUACUCAGUACAGUGAUUAACAUGAAAGGGUUGUACUUUGUGUGAAAAGUGCUUGGGAAUUACUAGUCUAUUAAGUUCUCAAUUAAAUGUGUUAACUAGUGUUGUGUAGCCUACAUCUGAAUGUGAGAACUUACAUCAUGGAUAGUCUAUUAGUUGCUUGCAAUAAAUGUAAUCAAUAUUUCAUUGAAAAAAAAAAAAUUUAAGAUAAUGCACACCUUUUUAGUUAUUUUGUAUUUAAUAUACUGUGAAUUCAAUAGGACUACUUAUGGAUUGUCAAUUACUGCACUACUAGAAUAUUAGCCAACAUAGAACAAUUUUUUUUUUUUUUUGGCCCUACACAAAUAUUAAUUUUAAAGUCAGAUCCUGUAAGUCAAUUUCAAUAACAAAUUUUUUUUCAGGUUUCAUAAAAUUCAACAAUUCACAUUCCAUGGCCAAAUCUGGCUCUCUCCUUGCACCUAGACAAAUACUAUAUUUUCAUGAUAAUCAUUGCUAUUAAUAUCAAACAACCAUAAAUAGUUAUAAUGAAAUAAAACCAACAAGCUUUAGAUUAUUUCAGUGUAUUUAUUCAAAGUGAUUAAAAAUGAACUGUGUCAAUGGUAAAAAAAAAAAAAAAAAAAAAAAAUACAAGACAACAUGCCCUAAGUUUCUCUUAAAAUGUUUAAAAAUGCAACUCUCCAAUUCCAGCAUUUAGAUAACAGGUAAAGAAAAUUCCCCCUACAUGGAUGAUGAUAUAAACUAUACCAAUAUCAGGCUGGCAGUGUGAACAAGCCUAAAAACAAAACUACAGGAAAUACAUGAUGCAAACAAUGACUAUAAUACAAUGAGAGAAAAAUCAAUGGAGACAUUGAGAUUACUAUCUAAAGGAAAAAAAUACAACAAAUAUGAUAAUGACUGGUGUAAACAAUGCAUCAACAGCAGAAACAAAAAGGGACUGGAUCUUAUACGAGAGGUCAAUUGAAACAUGCACACAAACGUGUUUUUUUAAAUAGAAAAAUGGCGCAAAUAAAAAUCUCAGGGCAUAUAGCAAUCUUACGUAUGAAAAUGUCCUAAAAUGAAAGUUGAUUAUGUAAUAAUAAAAAAAAAAAGGCUUCUAUUUUAAGCCUAGUAGAUGUAUAAAAAAAAAAAACAUUAAAAAU